GUUCUCUGGCUAUGCCGCUGUUCCUUGCAGGACCUUGGAGGCAUCACCGUACUCCCCGUUCUGGAGGAGCUCUACGUGUCCUUCAACGACGUGAGCGACUUGAGUCCUCUACUUUCCCAUGAGGCGCUGCAAAUCUUGGAUAUGGAGGGCAACUUGGUGGAUGACUUCGAGGAGAUCCAAUCCUUAGAGGUAGUUUCCACGCUUCGGGAGCUGGACAUCAGUCUGAACCCAGUGCGGAAGCAGGAGGCUGUGACGAGGGAACGAAUCCUGGAGGCGCUGCCCCACUUGGAAGUCUUGGACACGAUUCCCAGAAAGGCCUGUCACACGGAUGGAGGCUGCGGCCACUUUGGUGGCCACGCUGCCCAGGCUUCGCUGCCUGUGGCAGGUGGACACAGCUUCGGCCCAGCACUCGCAGAGGUGAUUCACCAGAGCCUUGGGCGCUUGGAAGAGUCCGACUUGGCUCGGCUGGUGGGGGAGAAGCUGCUCCUCGGCUUUCCGGAAAGCCUGGCAGCCAAUGAUCUGGGCCAAACUGCCGUGACCUGGGCUGCCGAUUACGGCCUUGCCAAGGUACUGCAGUUGCUGCUCAGCCCGCUCUGUGAUGCUCGCAGCUGGGCACUUGACAAGGUUGAGAGCAAUGGCUGGUACCCUCUCUUCCGCGCUGCCUGGAACGGCCGGGCGGAGUGUGCAAAGCUUCUGCUGCGAGCUGCUGCAGACGUGGAAGGGGUCGCUGGUGCUGGCAGGUAUUCCCCUCUGAUGUCAGCUGCACGCUGGGGCCACAAUGAGGUAGUGGGGCUGCUGCUCUCCGCGGCCGCCGAACCUGCGCGUUGCAACCGCUACGGAGAGGACGCGUGGGUGCUCGCGAAAGGUCAGGGACAUGGGCAGGUACUGCAGCUGAUGAGCGAUGCGGGAGCACAUGAGCGCGACCUCUUCGAAGAGGAGUGGCGAACCUCCAACCGUGCACGAAGAACGCUUGGUCAGGGCUGGGCCAAAGCUCAGCUGGAGGUGAGCGAUGCUGAGCUGGAGCCCCUCAGCGAGGAAGAAGCGGCAGAGGCCGCAGAGGCGGAGGAAGACAUGCAGAGAAACGAUGAGCUUUGCAGCGUGGCAGCGCUCCUUCAGCAGGUUGCGGCAGAGACGGCCGCACGGCCUGCAGACGACAGCGGUGAUCGUGCGCUCCAGGAGCUGCGCCGACGCGCAAAGGCAUCUUCAGCUGAGCUCGCAACUCCUCCUGCCCCUCUAUCUGCCGAGAAGGAACUUCCGAGCAGUGAAAUCUCCAGCGCAGUGGCCGCCUUCCGAGAGUCUCUUCUUGGCACACUGGGGUCAGCCUGCGGGAACGGAGCUUUCGGAGAAACG